UGUGUUUCCGUCUUCUCCGAGUACUUUUCUUGUAUAUUUCUUAGCCACCCUGAUGCGACCCCAUGCUUUGCUUUUGUGUGGAUGAACACGGAUUUUCUGUACUACUAUCCUCCUCCAGUGGAUCCUGUCCUCUUCGCCACCUCUUUUCUGAGUUCAAUUCAAAGCGGCUAAUUCAGGCUCACAAUCUAAUUUGAACCCCUCGAAAUCCCUGUGAUCGCUGCCACCAUGGCCACGGUCCUGGUGAGCGAGACCGAAAAAUUGUAUGUGUUACACGGCGUGCAAGAAGACCUACGAGUAGAUGGACGGGCCCGUAUGGACGUGAGGCCCAUCGUGGUGGAAACUGACCUAGUCACGCACACCAGCGGUUCGGCUCAUCUCCGAUUGGCCAAUUCCGACAUUCUUGUGGGCGUCAAGGCCGAACUGGAGGCCACCACACCCGCUCGUCCCACUGAAGGUCGGCUGGAAUUCUUCGUGGAUUGCUCGGCCAAUGCCACGCCCGAUUUCGAAGGCCGUGGCGGCGAAAAUUUGGCCACAGAAAUCAGUCAGGCCUUAGCUCGGGCCUAUCAGAGUGCCCACGUGUUUGAUCGACGACAGUUGGGCGUCUUAGCAGGACAACAAUGCUGGGUCUUGUACGUGGAUAUUCUCAUCUUGGAGUGCGGGGGCAACCUUUUUGAUGCCGUGUCCAUGGCUGUAAAAGCCGCCCUCUCGAGUACCCGCAUCCCGAAAAUCUCGGUCACGGCCGUGGAUGGUGGCGAGCCCGAACUAGAGCUGUCGGACGACCCGUUUGACGGGGCCAAACUGGAUUUGCGAUCCGCUCCGAUUUUAGUGACCCUCUUACGGAUUGGUAAUUUUUGUGUGGUGGAUCCCACGCCCGAAGAAGAGGCGUGCGCCUCGGCGGGUGUGGUCAUGGGAGUCAAUGUCCAAGGUCAUGUCACGAUGACCAAAAAAGUGGGUAGUGGUAGUUUCCAUCAACGGGGCUUAAUCGAGGCCUUAAAAAAUGGUACCGCCAUUGGCGUGGAGCUCAACCGCCAGCUACUAAAUAAACUCGAAGAGGAGGACCUGCAAGGCUAUCAACGACCCAAAUUCGGGUUCUUAUCUUGAGUGGAAUCCAGGUUGGAUCAUGUUUUGAAUGUACCUUCUAAUGAGUAAUUAAACUGAUGUUUGAAAACGCC